UUUCGCCCAUUUCAUGCAGUGAGGAAUGACGUCUACCCUCUAAUCACGCAUAAAUAUAGCCCAUUGAUCUUCCAGAGAAAAGGAUUUCUUCUUUCAGUCUCUACCUAUGUCAAUAUUGAUCCAAUCGGAAGUGUUUAGAUUUUACUCUUACACUUAAACCACUCCCACGAUGCCUCUAAACGGAAGCUGCCUGUGCGGUGCAAUUGCAUAUACAUCGCCAUCCGACCCUCUUGUGACAGCCUUGUGCCACUGUGUUGAUUGCCAGAAGUGGACCGGUGGCCCAUUCACCUCAAACGCGAUCGUUCCCCGGGAUUCCUUCCAAGUGACAAAAGGGGAGCCUUCAUUCUGUGAUGUUACUGGAGCAUCGGGUAAAAUCAACCGCCAUUUCUUCUGCAGCAAGUGUGGGUCCAGUUUGUUUACGGAGCUAGAAAUCAUGGCCGACAAAACCGUCAUCAAAGCUGGGACUUUGGAUGGCGGGGACGCGAGCUUGCGGAACAAGGUGGAUGUAGAGUUCUACACGAAGGAUAGGGUAUCGUAUCUCUGCGCUGUGGAGGGCGCCAAGCAAGAGACACAUCUAGGAUGAUCUGGCAUAUCUAGCUAGUCCCGGAAGUGAGAGUGCUUUCACAUCAUGGCAACUGCAGUGGGUUUCACUAUGAACCCUACAAUUGAUGGGGGUGUAGUGUUUAGCAUAUCAUGUGUGCGUGGUCUUGUGGUAGUGGUGUUAGGUGAUUUGUCGGUGGGUUGGUGGUGUUGCAGCUUUCAUAUGAUUACGUGUCGCAAAAGUGGUUUAAGAGGUUGUUUCCUAUGAUUACCCCUGUCUUUAUCAAUUUAUGCCUUUUAGAGCAGACUAAUCGUCGUAUUAC